ACUGGCUGCACCAGCGACUGCAGCGCUGCGAGAAGAUGUGACGGGAGCUGCAGGAGCAGGACUUUGGAGCUUCUCUUCUCUACACCAGCCAGGAGGAAACUCCUGAUAUGAGACACAACAUUGCUCAAAGGGAAACAGGAGUUACACCUCUCUACAGCAUAAUCCAGCAGCGGUAUUUCCCCCCAAAACCCCCAGGUUCAGUCAUGCACCUCAGGCUAUUCAGCGCUGACCUCCUCAUCCUGCUGACUGUGUUGAUGUUGUGGAAACCUCUGGGAUCCCGAGGCCAGAAUGAGACGGAGCCCAUCAUUCUUGAAGGAAAGUGCUUGGUGGUGUGUGAUUCCACCCCGUCUUCUGAGCCUGCCGGCAACGCUCUGGGCAUGUCGGUCCGGUCUGGCUCCGGCCGCGUGGCCUUCUCCGCCAGCCGCCAGACCAACCACGAGCCCACGGACAUGAGCAAUCGCACCAUGAUCAUCUACUUUGAUCAUAUUUUGGUCAAUGUGGGCACUCAUUUCGACCAAGAGAGCAGCGUCUUUCUGGCACCGCGGAGAGGGGUGUACAGCUUCAACUUCCAUGUGGUGAAGGCCUACAACAGACAAACUAUUCAGGUCAGCCUGAUGGUGAACGGCUGGCCGAUGAUUUCAGCUUUUGCUGGGGACCAGGACGUGACCCGGGAAGCUGCCACCAACGCCGGCCUGGUGAUCAUGGAGAAGGGGGACAAGGCCUAUCUCAGACUAGAGAGAGGCAAUCUGAUGGGAGGAUGGAAGUACUCCACGUUCUCGGGGUUCCUGGUCUUCCCCUUGUGAGAAGAGUGGACAGAGGAAGCGCUGAAGGGAGCGUGAUGGGGACGUGAAUGGAUGAAAGAAGAGGGAGGAGGUGAUGAAAGAAGCUCUUUCGCUCUUGAAUGCAGCUCAUGAAGGGAUGAGGCUUCUUAACUGAGCUAUAGACUGUACCGCUCAAGAAACUCUUAGCAAACGAAAAGAAAGUUAAUAAUAAUUAAAGAGUUACAGUAUGUCUGGAGUUUACUCACUCUGUCUCUGUGCAUAAAUACUUGUUGGGUUUAUUUAAAGAAAAUUUUAUUGUGACAAACUAUGUGCAAUGUUGUGUCUUUUACUAAGAGUAUGUGAAUGCCUUAAUCCUUUUUUUUCUUCAUUCAAAAGGUUUAAAUCACUGCUUUGCUCCAAAUGGUAUCCUGUAUGAAUGACGCUCCCCUAUAUGCCUGUUACAAUGCAAUAGAUGUUUAUUUACAAAGACAUUUUAUCAAGAACAAAAAAUGAAAA